AUGGACGACUACGACGAGUUCGGGAACUACAUCGGGCCUCUAUCGGAAUCGGACUCGGGCGACGAGGUGGUGGAGACGGUGCCCGAGGAGCCCGUGGCGCCCCCGCCGCCGGUCGAGCUGGACGAGGCGCCGGAGCCCGAGGAGCAGGCCGUCGCGAUGCGCGUGGACGAGGACACGUCGCAGGCCGUCGUGCUGCACGAGGACAAGGUGUACUACCCGUCUGCGGCGGAGGUGUAUGGCGAGGACGUAGAGACGCUCGUGCAGGAGGAGGACGCGCAGCCACUGACGCAGCCGAUCAUGGAGCCGGAGCGUGAGCGGCGCUUUGCCGUCGAGGAGAAGGAGCUGCCAGCAGUGCGCUUCGACCGUGAGUUUAUGCGCAACUUGAUGGACUACCCCGAGAUGGUGCGCAACGUCGCCAUUGUCGGGCACUUGCACCACGGCAAGACGGCGCUGGUCGAUAUGCUCGUGGAAGAGACCCACGUGCUUGAAGUCGAUGCGGAAGUCCCGCUGCGGUACACGGACACGCAUGUGCUCGAGCAGUCGCGCGGCCUCUCGAUCCGCGCGACGCCCAUCUCGCUCGUGCUGCCGACCUCGAAGGGCAAGAGUCACCUGCUGCACAUGCUGGACACGCCAGGGCACACCAACUUCCAGGACGAGGUCGCGACCGCCGUGCGCCUCGCGGACGGCGUCGUGCUCGUCGUCGACGCCGUCGAGGGCGCCAUGUGCAAUACCGCCGCCAUCGUGCGCUUCUGUGUGCGCGAGCAGCGGCCCAUGACCCUGGUCGUGAACAAGAUCGACCGCCUCGUGCUCGAGCUGCGCCUCCCGCCGGCCGAGGCGUACUUCAAGCUGCAGCACACGAUCGAGGAGGUGAAUCGCAUCGUCGGCGAGGCCAGCGGCGACCCUGGCCUGCGCUUUGCGCCCGAGCGCGGCAACGUGGCGUUUGCAAGUACGCAGGUCGGCUACUGCUUUACGCUGCAGAGCUUCGCGCAGCUCUACGCGGAGCGCGUACCCGUGGAUACCGCCGCGUUCGCGCAGCGCCUGUGGGGCCACAUCUACUACGACGCGUCCAAGCGCACCUUUACGCGCCAUGCGCCGCACGCGGACGCCAAGCGCAGCUUCGUGCAGUUUGUGCUGGAGCCGCUGUACAAACUGUACAGCCUCGUGCUCAGCGCCGAUACCGAUACACUGCGGCGCACUCUCGCGACGCUGCAGAUCCAGCUGCCGGCCGCCGCCUACAAGAUCGGCGUGCGCCCCCUGCUGAAGCUCGUGCUGAACCGCUUCCUCGGGCGCGCGUCGGGCCUUAUCGAUAUGGUCGUCACACACCUGCCGAGCCCCACGGAGGGCGCUGCGUGGCAGGCGCGCACCUGCACGGGCCCGUCCGACGGCCUGCUGUGCACGGCCGCGGCGCGGUGCGACGCCGCGGGCCCCCUGCUCGUGCACGUGGCGAAGCUGUACCCGACCGCGGAUGCGCGGGCGUUCCGCGCGCUGGGUCGCGUGCUGAGUGGUACUGUUGUGCAGGGCGCGUCGGUCAAGGUGCUGGGCCCGUCAUACGCGCCCGACGACGAGGAGGAUAUGGCGCUCGCGACCGUCGAGGGCGUGGCGCUGCCGGGCGCGCGGUACACGGUCGCGGCGGCGCGUGUGCCGGCCGGCAACUGGGUGCUGCUGAGCGGCGUCGACGCAUCCAUCGCCAAGGCCGCGACGAUCUGCGGCGUGGACGUGCCGGUGCCCGAGACGUUUGUGCUGCAGCCUGUGCAGCACCUCACAGAGAGCGUGCUCAAGGUGGCGAUCGAGCCGCUACACCCUGCCGAGCUGCCCAAGAUGCUCGAUGGCCUGCGCAAGGUGAACAAGUGCUACCCCCUCGUGUCUACGCGCGUCGAGGAGAGUGGGGAGCACACGCUGCUGGGCACGGGCGAGCUGUACCUGGACUGUGUGAUGCACGACCUGCGGUGCCUGUAUGCGGACAUGGAGAUCAAGAUCAGCGAUCCUGUCGUGCGGUUCUGUGAGACGGUGAUAGAGACGAGCGCCGUGCAGUGCUACGCGAACACGCCGAACCAGCAGAACCGACUCACGCUGGUCGCCGAGCCGCUCGAGCCGGCGCUCGCGGACGACCUCGAGCAGGGUCGUCUCGACGUGCGGCUCCCGCCGCGGACGCUCGCGCGUGUGCUGGAAGAGCGCUACGGCUGGGACAAGCUGGCCGCGCGCUCGGUGUGGGCGUUUGGGCCGGACGAGCACGGGCCGAACGUGCUCGUGGACGACACGCUGCCCGACGAGGUCGACAAGACGCAGCUCUACGCGGUGCGCGAGCACAUCCGGCAGGGCUUCCAGUGGGCCACGCGCGAGGGGCCGCUGUGCGACGAGCCGAUGCGCGGCGUCAAGAUCCGCCUCACGCACGCGAGCAUUGCCGCGGAGCCGAUCCAGCGCGGCGGUGGGCAGCUGAUUCCCACGGCGCGCCGUGCGACGUACGCCGCCUUCCUGCUCGCGGCGCCGCGCCUCCUCGAGCCGAUCUUCCUCGCCGAGAUCCAAACGCCCGCCGAGGGCGUCAGCGCUCUCUACACGCUGCUCGCGCGGCGCCGCGGGCACGUGACGCAGGAGGUGCCCAAGGCCGGCACGCCGCUCGUCACGGUGCAUGCACUGCUCCCGGCGAUGGACGCGAGUGGCUUUGAGACGGAUCUGCGUGUCAUGACGCAGGGCCAGGCAUUCUGUCUACAGAUGUUUGACCACUGGGCCGUCGUGCCAGGCGACCCGAACGACACCUCCGUCCCGCUGCGCCCGCUCGAGCCGGCGCCGCCGCUGGGUCUCGCACGUGAUUUCGUGCUCAAGAUGCGCCGCCGCAAGGGUCUGGCGGACACCGUGGCGGUCGCCUCGUACCUCGAGCGCGAUAUGGCGGUGGCGCUCGCGCAGGCCGGCAUGGACAUCGCUUGA